AUGCCAGCCCCAGAAGUCCUCUCCGUCAUCGCCCGCCAUAUUCUUCGCUAUAAUCUCAAUCAACUAUCUCUAUCUCAAACGCAGUUGCAGUUGCAGUAUCAAGGAACGGCGAAAUCACUUUGUUAUCAGAUGGGAGCGGUGGUGAGGGUGAGGGCGAACGAGCAGAGUCAGGUGUCGAUAGAGGCGAGGAUUGCGGCGAGUAGGGCGGGGAAGGGGAAGGGGAGGGAGGGGGAGGGGGAGAAGGAAGGGGAGAAUGAAGGGGAGAAGGAAAGGGAGAAGGAGAGGAUUUUGAGGGGGAUUGUUAGGGAGAGGGAGGGGAGGGAGGGGAGGGCUGGUGUUGAGGGGGAGAUUGGUGGGAGGAGAGGUGAUGCGGUGGGAGAAUUGGGGGGGAGGGGUGGGGUGUGGGAGGAACAGGUUUAUCCGCCGAUUGGGGGGUGGUUGGUUUGA